AUGCUGAUUAGGUGUGAAGUACCUAUAAAGGAGAACUGCGGCCUUUGUACCAAGGCCCGCUCCGUCCUGUCUGACGUUUGGGACACUCGCCCCUUUGCUUUCAAAGAGAUCGACAUUAUCAAGCCGGAAGCACAAGGCUGGAGAGACCUUUAUGAUUUAGACGUUCCUGUCAUUCACAUUAGCAAGGCCAAAGCUCCGGAGGAAGAGCCCAAGCUUGCGUCACAGGCUCUCAAGCUUAUGCAUCGUUUCACCCCAGAGGAAGUCAAGGCAAAGAUGGAUGCUGCCGAGAAAGCGUGA